UGGGGCCGCCCUGGCUGCUGUGGCCCGGAUGUCCGGGCGCCGCGAGCCGGGUGGCUGAUUUCGGAGCUUCUUCAAGGAAACCUGCAAGCGGCCAAUGGCAUGCCUUGGACUUUACUGUGGGAAGACCCUAUUAUUUAAAAAUGGCUCAACUGAAAUAUAUGGAGAAUGUGGGGUGUGUCCAAGAGGACAGAGAACAAAUGCACAGAAAUAUUGUCAGCCUUGCACAGAGUCUCCAGAACUUUAUGAUUGGCUGUAUCUUGGAUUUAUGGCUAUGCUUCCUCUUGUUUUACAUUGGUUCUUCAUUGAAUGGUACUCGGGGAAAAAGAGUUCCAGUGCCCUUUUCCAGCACAUCACUGCAUUAUUUGAAUGCACUAUGGCAGCUAUUAUCACCUUACUUGUGAGCGAUCCGGUUGGUGUUCUUUAUAUCCGUUCGUGUCGAGUACUGAUGCUUUCUGAUUGGUACACAAUGCUUUACAACCCAAGUCCCGAUUACGUUACCACAGUGCACUGUACUCAUGAAGCUGUCUACCCGCUAUACACCAUCGUAUUCAUCUAUUAUGCAUUCUGCCUGGUAUUGAUGAUGCUGCUCCGACCCCUCCUGGUAAAGAAGAUCGCCUGUGGCUUAGGAAAGUCUGAUCGAUUUAAAAGUAUUUAUGCUGCACUUUACUUCUUCCCGAUUUUAACUGUGCUUCAGGCAGUUGGCGGAGGCCUUUUAUAUUAUGCCUUUCCAUACAUUAUAUUAGUAUUAUCUUUGGUUACUCUGGCUGUGUACAUGUCGGCUUCUGAAAUAGAGAAUUGCUAUGAUCUUCUGGUGAGAAAGAAAAGACUUAUUGUUCUCUUCAGCCACUGGUUACUUCAUGCCUAUGGAAUAAUAUCCAUUUCCAGAGUGGAUAAACUCGAGCAAGAUUUACCCCUUUUGGCUUUGGUACCCACCCCAGCUCUUUUUUACUUGUUCACCGCAAAAUUUACCGAACCUUCACGGAUACUGUCCGAAGGAGCCAAUGGACACUGAAUGUAAGAGCCAAAAAACCUAAAAAGUGUUCCUUGUAAAAAAUAUAAAAUGUAUUAAUGCCCUUCUGUUGUCCAUGGAAAUAAGAUGGGGUUUGUUUGUUAACAGCCUUUAUGGUUAGACUUGGAAAAAUAUAGUAGAUAUGCUAUAGCACACUGGGACACUACAGGCUUGUUAGGAAGCGCUUGCCUCCUGUAACAAUAUUGUUAUUCUUUAGAGCAAAAUCGUGUUUCUGGAAUGAGCUGAAAUCUUUAGCAUUGACCUAAUUUUGCAUGUAUCUGUUUUUCAAGUGUAAUUAUAAGGACAAACAUACCUUGGUGGUCUGCUAGCAAUCAUGGAAAUGAAGUACGUUGUUUGUUGUUAUCUAUUUAUUUUUACCAAUACAGUAUUUUGAUUAUAAAACUAGAGCAUAAUUUAUAUAACAGGUUUUUUGUUUAUAGGUGGUUUGGUUGAAAACAUCUUCUGGUUGUUUCUGUUAAGAAAAACAAUAAAAUGUUUACAAAAAAAAUCUCAGAUGUUCUGACAUUAAUUGUAUUUUGCCACAUGAAUUGUGGAAAUAAUUCAAACUAGUAAGAGGAGUAUUCCUUUCCCAAAUGAAUAAAUACAUGUAUUCACAUAGUCCCUCCUUCUUAAAGGC